AUGAAUCUCGACCACAUAUUUGAACAUCCCGAAGAACUAUCUACCGAUGGCACGCCGAUCGCAGAUGUACCAGGGUUUCAGACUCCCGAAGAUGCAGCUUGUGGGCUGUGUCGUCUCUUUACUGCCCUGCAAUUUGAAUCCCAGGCCGACGGUGUUGUCAGAUCGGGUUGGUUUUCAUCAGGAGCGCAUCUCAGAGCCUUCACUUGCCUCACGAAACGAGGCUUGUCGCCGACAAGAGCACGCCUUUCUCAAAACCCGAACAUUGUCCUCAGCAUCUGGCCUGGGUCUGGAGCAGAAGACUAUUCAUGGGACGGCAUCUUCCGUACCCUCCUUAGCAACAGUGUUGUCACGAGGAGGAAGUUGCGUGAGCCCGAUACCUAUAGUCCGUGGACGUUUACAGCGCGUCUGAUCAAGCCUAAGGUCGACUACGACCUGCUGAGAGAGUGGAUCCACCUUUGCCGCAGUCAUCAUACCUUUAAUUGCGAAUUCAACACCGCUCAACGGGUGUCCGGACUGAAAGUCAUCGAUUGCGAUGCCCGAAAGAUCGUGCGACUUCCACAUGGUCGGGAUUACGUUGCGUUGAGUUAUGUAUGGGGACAAACAGUUGGCUCGAAGCCGGAGCACAACCAUCAAUCAAACGCUGCUGGCACUGCGAACGCUUUGCCUGCACUUGUUGAGGACGCAAUUAGUGUGGUGAAGAACCUCGGCCUCAAUUACCUCUGGGUGGACAAAUACUGUAUUGACCAGAGCAAUCCGGAUGAAUUAGCUCACGUGGUUGCGCAGAUGGACAAAGUCUACGAACAGGCAACAUUUACUAUUGCAGCUGCGAGCUCUGAAAGUGCUGACCAAGGAUUGCCAGGCGUCAGUAACAUCGCAAGGGAGGUGCAGCCUGCGGCUCUGGUUGGAGAUAACGUAUACAUUUCGUCUCUUCCCGAAUUGUCAACUGCCCUUGAGUCAUGCAAAUGGAUGACUCGUGGAUGGACGUAUCAGGAAUUCAUCUUGUCUCGCCGUUGUCUUGUGUUCACGAAGCUGCAGGUUUACUUUGUCUGUCGAGAAGGAUCUCGGUGCGAAGCAGUCCAAGGAACCUUAUCCGCCGUGCCUGGCACAGCAGAGGACAAAACAAUAAUCAGCACACAGUUUCUAGGUAACAAUGCAGACGUGUCACCCGGAUGGAACGCCGUUGUUGGGCAGUAUACUGCUCGUGCUUUGACGUAUGAGCAGGAUUCCCUCAACGCCUGUCGUGGAGUACUGGCGAGAAGCACAUACCGAACGUACUGGGGAGUGCCUAUUAUACAGGAGCUACGAUCAGAUGCAGUACAGAUGGCCGUCGAUGUCGAGACGGGACUCGCGUUGGGAUUGUGUUGGAGGGGUCCGAACGAUUGGAGCCCGUCAUACGACCGGGGUCACGCACAUUGGUUGGAGCCGAAAUGGACGUUGUUUGACAAAGUCAGCCCAUGGUUUGGUCGCCGUGUAGGAUUUCCAAGCUGGUCAUGGGCGGGCUGGAGCGGCACAGCUGUGUUUCCGCUACUAGCUCGGUCGUUGGAUUGGCGUCUGAUAGACGGCGAUAAACCUGCAUUCUGGUUGGAGGGACAGGACGACGGUAAGCCCCAGACAUCAUUCGAGAUCGCGUUCCAUGACACCCAGCAUUCGAAGAUUAUGCCUGAGACCUCACCAUAUCUAUGGUUGAACGCGACUGUCGUGCGCUGUCGUAUCGGAUGCAAACCUCCUGGCUUUGAGAUCCUUCAUCCAGAUCCUGACAUUACUAGAAAAUUCGAGAUCAACUGGGCCGCUGUUGAGAUUUGUAAAGGCCUCUGGCAAGAUCCGGCUUUCCAGGAACGCCUCAAGGCGGAAAUUUGGGAUGGAAUUUUGCUUUUCACCAUUCAAUAUGAAAUUCAAGACUAUCAACGACACUGCAUCAUGCUCAUCGACCAGAAAGACGACCAUUAUGAAAGAAUAGGAAUCGCUUGGUUAAAAGCCAUUGAUCUACCAGACCUUCCGACUUCCAGGAAAUGGAUUCGCUUAGGCUGA